CAUGUCUGGACGUGGUAAGGGUGGAAAGGGCCUAGGUAAAGGAGGCGCUAAGCGGCACCGUAAAGUGCUGCGCGACAAUAUCCAGGGCAUCACAAAGCCCGCCAUCCGGCGCCUGGCCCGACGGGGUGGUGUCAAGCGCAUUUCUGGACUCAUCUACGAGGAGACCCGUGGGGUGUUGAAGGUGUUUUUGGAGAAUGUGAUCCGCGACGCCGUCACCUACACCGAGCACGCCAAGCGCAAGACUGUCACCGCCAUGGACGUGGUCUACGCGCUCAAGCGCCAGGGCCGCACCCUCUACGGCUUCGGCGGCUAAAGCCUCGUUUCUU